AUGGAAGAGCCUGCAGCUCCCGAAGAACCCCAGGAAGCAGCCGGUGCCGCAGGAGGUGCCCAGGAAGCAGGUGAGGGUGCUCCGAGGCCCAGCCACCGGACACGCCCGGUUACCCGGCAUCCCACGGCUGCAGGCCCGGCCCCCUUCCGCACGGCACGUCUCAGGCCUGCCUAUGCUUCCGGGGGCGGGGCUGUGCCCAGGUUUCUGCCCGGCCCGCGCCGCAGUGGCAGCUGGACAAAGCAAGUCGUCUGCAGGUAUUAUCUGCAUGGGCUGUGCAAGGAGGGGGAGAACUGUCGCUACUCCCACGACCUUUCGGGCCGGCAGGAGGCCAGGGAGGGCCGCGGGUCGCCGCCUGGGGCCUCCGCAGAGCCAGGCCCCAGCGCGGCUGCGCAGGACGAGCCCCUGCCUCAGGAAGUGGCGUGCGCCCCUCCUGCGUCCUCACGCUCCUUGCCUGCGAUUGGCUCGGCUGCUGAAGGGGGCUUCUUUGAAGCCGAGAGCGAAGGCGCAGGCCUGGAAGCUGCGCAGGGAGCGGGUGCGGAAGGCUGGGCGGGCGCGGCGGCGGCGGCGGCAAGCUGGGCGGAUGCCGUUGAGUUUGUUCCCGGGCAGCCUUACCGGGGCCGGGGAACCGUUUUUGCCCCCGAAGCUGCUCCGCAGAGCUCGGUGCCUGAGUGGGAGUACGUUGCUCUGGGCACGGGGACGCAGCUUUGCCGCGAUGCUGCCAUGGGGCAGUGCUUUCGUGGGGAGAGCUGUGCGUAUCUCCACGGAGAGAUAUGCGACUUGUGUGGGCGGCAGGUCUUGCACCCGAUGGAUGCUGACCAGCGGGCAGACCACAUAAGAGCCUGCAUUGAAAUGCACGAAAGAGAUAUGGAACACUCGUUUGCCGUGCAGCGCAGCAAGGACAAAGUGUGUGGCAUCUGCAUGGAGGUUAUCUAUGAGAAAGCCAACCCCAAUGACUGCCGCUUUGGCAUCCUCUCCAACUGCAACCACUCCUUCUGUCUUAAGUGCAUCCGCAGGUGGAGGACUGCCAGAGAGUUUAGGAACAGGCUUAUCAAAUCCUGCCCGGAGUGCAGGGUCACCUCCAACCUUGUCAUUCCCAGUGAGUUCUGGGUGGAGGAGGAACAAGAGAAGGAGGAACUUAUUCGGAAGUACAAGGCGACCCUGAGAACCAAGACCUGCAGGUAUCAUAUUCCAGGCAGGGGUUGCUGUCCCUUUGGAGCGACCUGUCUUUACAAGCAUGCAGAUCCUGAGGGCCAGGGAGAGGAGGAGGAGGAGGAGGAGGAGGAGCCUGAGAGGCAGGGGAAUGGGGCAGCCGGCGGUCACCCCAGGAGACCUUCGGAGCCUGAGCAGGUGGGAGAGGGCCGCAUGCUCUUUCAAAGCAGUAAAAAAGAGCUUGUCAUGCUUUGGCUGGCCAGUCUGUUGUUGUUUAAGUGUUUUUUUUCACUGGGAGAUAAGGAGCUUUCCUCAGACACCCAAUGGGACUUGCUCCAUGGGGCGCUGGGAAAAUAUACCCGCUUGAGUCUGUGGCAUUUCGCUGUGGCAUGUGGUGUAGUGUGCUGA